ACGAAUAUUUGCAAUUCAGUUAACUAUGUUAAUAAUCAAAGUCCGAAUUUCUAGCGUUCAGAGGUUCCAGUUCGUUUCCUAUUGCCCGAGUAAUAUUUUUCAGAGAGAGAUACCACGUUGAUACUGAAGAGGAAGUUAAUACUGCAGUGGAAGUGGGUCAGCACGUUGUGACACUUUUCCUUACUGAUCACUGAUAUAAUGCAACAUUGGCCAUUGAAAGCACUUGCUAUAGAAAACCCUUAUCUCACGAGCAGCACGUGAGGCUUGUUGCUCAUUAGUCAUAUUCUAGGCUCGCGGUCACGCGAGGUCGUCGGCAGGCACUAAUGGUGGUGGUCCAGAGUAGGCACAUUUCAACCUGGCAAGGAGCCGGAACUGGAAAUCUGUCCCGGCCAGGGUUCAAGCAGACUGUUGAACGAUUGGUUGCUGAGAACAGCUAGAGAUUUCUUCAAGCAAGUUUGUCUCGCCUUGUAUGGCGUUACUGUAACACUCUCCUACACACAGAGAUUUAGAAUUAACAUAGAUUCAAGACGUGGAAUUCUCAUGCAGGAUGGCAAGUAUGGAGACGAACAUCACACUUUGGCAGUUCUUGUUGGAAUUAUUGCUCAGCAACCAUUAUAACCAUAUUAUCACGUGGACGAAUAACGAUGGGGAAUUUAAGCUGGUGAACGCUGAAGAAGUGGCCCGUCUCUGGGGGCUAAGAAAGAACAAGCAUAAUAUGAACUACGAUAAACUUAGUCGAGCGCUUAGAUACUACUACGACAAGAACAUUAUUAAAAAAGUAUUAGGACAAAAAUUUGUGUACCGUUUUGUAUCAUUUCCAGAGAUAAUCAAAACAGAAAAUAAAAUCCCGUUUCAUGUGAAAAUGGAAAGUAUUAACAAGGCUGGGGAUAUUCCUUUUGAUAACAGUUCUUCUAAAGUGACAUACAUUCCUUCUGGUCCGAUUUCUCUUGUUAAAGAAGAACAGACAACUCCGUUAGACCUUCGAGAAGACAGUGAAAGAAAAGCACAUGUUUCGCUAAAGGAUGAGAAAAAUUAUAUCGGUACUUGGAACAGAACUGCUCCAGUUCCAGAAAAAAGAGAAUGGGAAGAGAAAAGACGAUUGGAAAAAGAGGAGCUAACAGGGCAAAUUAUAAGAAAUCACUCAUCUAGCCCUGAAAAUAGAAUAUCCUUUUCAUCACCGGUAAAGAGACAAAAAAUUGAACCGGACAGUGACUCCUGUUCUUCACCUGCUCUUUCUUCAUCCAGCUCGUCGUCUUUAAUUGGAGAGAUGAACAUUUCAUUGAAUAAGACAAGAAAAUCAAAACCUCCGCCAAUUUAUCACAUCCCUGCCAUCUCGAAGCUGACGUCAGGAACGCUAGGUUCUCACCAGACUCCAGUGGUGACUCUAGCUAGCCCAUUUUUCACUCAAAGCAAGACUCCUGUUAUGCCUUUACCAAUGUGGGCACCACUGAGUCCUCUCACGCUUUCCACUCCUCACCACUCUACCGUCCAGUUUCAGUUCCCACCUCAUUUCAUCAGUCUAGGGUCCACUGCUUUUCCACCACUACGUCCCUUUAUCUUACCCCCAAAUUCAUCAUUUGACCCUAAAUUCGUGUUUUCCCCAACCAAAUCCAUUCAAGUGUUGCACUGACUAAGUGAGAACGAAAAAAUCUUCAAGAACAUAAAGGCAUAUAGGUGUGGAUGUGUUAAUCCAACUGGUGUGUAUUGAAACCAUAUAUAUAUCUAUAUCUAUAUAACAAAUAAUUAAAUCAAUAAAACUAGUCGUCUGUAUCUCAGUAGGCUUUGAUUGAUAGAUUUUGGUUUACUUGUUAAACGCGAGAAGUUAUCUUUCAGAAUAGAGUUACUCUGUGAUUACCUUUUCGAAUGCCUUGUGAUACAUUUUUGUGCUGUAAUGCAUGCUAUAAUAUUUCUAACGAAAUAUCAAAGGAAAAUAUGAUGUAUAUACACAUAGGAAGUUGUUUUAUUACCAUAUAUAUAUAUAUGCGUAUUGCUCUAUUUUGUACGUUAGAAAACAAAACAAGAUUAGUAGAAGUAUGUAGCAAGUGUGAAGGGCCUUUUGAUUUUCUUGGCUAGUAGAGAAACAGUUGUGUUUCCAGGACGAAAGUUGGAUUGAUACCAGCUGAAUAAACGCUUUUAUAUCGAUAUUGAAAACAUGCACGUGAGAAAAACUGUUAAAAAGCCUCUAGUUUGUUCAUUCGGACGUAAACGUCAAAUGCGGCGUAAAUAUUAUAUAAUUAUCCUAGACACACAGACACUAAUAUAAGUACCGUUGGUUGACGUAACUUAUAUUAAAUAACUUACAAACUUAACACAAUAUGUGUGGUAACUUAUGCUGAUGUGUAUAUGGCUGUAAUUUCGUGUACAUAUAUUUGUUUGUAAAUACAUGAAAUAAAUGCGAAUGUUACGCAUAAACUCAUCAAUUUUAGACAAUAAUACCUCUGUUGAUGAAUCAGUGUUGAUAUGACAGAAUGUUUUCAGUUGCUGAAAAUGUGGUAUGACUCAUAGGUGUGUAAUCUUGAAUAUUUUAAAUUUUCUUCAGAAGUUCAUACUUAACGCCUUUCUUGUAAGGUACGCUUCAAAUAACACAGCAUAAUUUUAGUUGAAUGAAUCUUAGAAAAUACAUGCCAUUCUGUUUUGUUAAUUAUGAAGCUUUUAAGUUGUAGUUAUUAUAAUAUAGUUUAAAUUAAAAUUCAUACCGAAAUAUUUAAAAGCCACUGUUAUGUGUAAUUAGAUCUCAUAUCUCAUGCCAUUUUUGUAAAUUAGUAAUAAAAAUAGCCAAUCUUCGAGUCGAUAGUAAAACAUUUACACUUAUUUUUUCGUUUUCUUUGAGUUCAAAGUUUUAAGUGGAUUAUAUUCGCCUCGGUUCUUUUUUGUAUCAUUCACUUAAAUAAUGUGUUUACUUUUGUGACACCUACUUCGAAGUAUAAGAAUAAGAACUAUUUUCUUGUCCAUUACAAACAUUUUUAGUAAGUUUCAAUUAUCAUACAACAGGCAAGUUAUUUGCUGCUUAGACAGUUAGCAAAUUAUCAUAUCAUAUUGAAUGUCGGAAGGCCUUUACCUCCUUUGAAAGUUCCUACAUCGUAUAUAUAUAUGCAUGCACAUUCUGAGAUUGACCAAUCUGUGACAAAGUUAUUUCACUGCCCUCCAAUAAAAUAAGACCUCUUAUAGCACUGACAAGAGCAAAUAUAACAUGAUAUCUUCUGUGAAACUAUAUGUAAGGUUAGGACUAUGUAUACUGAAAAGGUUAUAUGAUAAUUACACUAUAUACUAACUGAAUGGAAUUAUAUUAUCUGUUACUGUAUUGGAGGAUAGCGUAUGUAUUAUUACUUCAUUUGUUUGCAACAGAGAAUUCCAUUGGAAAUUAAAAGGUCUGUGUUAUUUAUCAAAAACAUACAGAGAGGAUGGUUAGAAUUUUUAUGAUUACCUUCGGUCGUAUAAGAGACUAAACAAAAUCUUUGUUUUUGUAAAAAUGAAACUUGAUUAAACUCAAAUUAGCGUUUUUUGUUUUCGUGUUCGA